AUGUCAGUGGCUGCGGCCUUGCGAUUGACCAAGGCGCUGCUGUUCCCAUCGCCUGGGGAGGCCAAGGGUAUCAAGCUGGCCAGGUUGUGCCUGGCGACGCCCAUGAAGCUGCUGGUGCCUGUCUCCCUGCCGCUGUGGCUGCUGUGCGAGGCGAGGGCCGAGGCUGAGGAGCACUUUGGACGCUACCUCAACCGCAAGGGUGUCCGCGGCCGCGACGCACAGGCGCUGGUGGCAGAAAUGCGGGCUGCAGAGUACAGGUGA